CUGCCUAUCAAGUGUGCAGUCGGCAGUUGCAGGUGUGAAUUUCUACUUGGCAAACUGAAGCGAAAACGUGAGACUAGUCCAUCUGUGAGCACAAUGGGAGAUCUAAAAACGUCCGUCACAUCACAAAUCCAUCAAGUUCGCGCCGUCAUCUUCACAGACUCUAACAGCAACGUGAACGCCGCCAAGGUAACAGACCUAUUUGAGUCUCUGCACGUUGACUACAAGAGCGUGGAAGUGGACGUGAGAGACGAUAUGAAAGAGUAUUGGGAUGCGGUAGCUGACGUCGCGAAGCAGCGACCUCUGGCGAAACCUUUCGUAUUUGUUGGGGGUAAUGCGGUAGGCGGGGUCGAGGAGACUCUCGCUGCUCAUGCGGACGGCCGUUUGGGUGCGUUGCUAGGAGUUUUGCCACAGAAUGAGCAUGGUGGUGAUACGUUGCAUUAUGAUUACGAUUUGAUUGUCGUCGGUGGUGGAAGUGGAGGACUGGCGUGUUCCAAGGCAGCAGCAACAUACGGAAAACGUGUUGCCGUUCUUGAUUUGGUCAAACCAAGUCCACAAGGCACGUCAUGGGGUCUUGGAGGGACAUGCGUGAACGUUGGCUGUAUUCCUAAGAAACUAAUGCAUCAAGCUUCAUUGCUUGGCCGUAGCAUCCAAGAUGCUAAAGCAUUUGGUUGGAGUGUGAGUGACAAUGUGCAGCACAAGUGGGAGGUGCUGGUGGAGGCUGUUCAGGGUCAUAUCAAGUCACUGAAUUGGGGAUAUCGAGUGAGCUUACAGGACAAGAACGUAAAAUAUCUGAAUGCGUUUGGAGAGUUUGUGGAUCAGCAUACUCUCAAGACUGUGAAUCGUCGUGGAAGAGAAUCCGUCAUAACAUUUGGAUCCGUCGUGUUGGCCACAGGAAUGCGACCUCGAUAUCCAGACAUUCCAGGAGCGAAGGAAUACGGCAUCACCAGUGACGAUCUUUUCUCACUGAGGGUAACGCCAGGGAAAACGUUAGUCGUGGGGGCAUCGUACGUGGCACUCGAAUGUGCCGGUUUCCUAGCUGGUGUAGGUUUCGAGACGACGUGUAUGGUGAGAUCCAUACUACUACGAGGAUUCGAUCAGCAAAUGGCAGAGAAGAUUGGUGAGUAUAUGGCGAAAGAGGGUGUUUGGUUUGUGAGACCUGCUGUGCCUACGAAGGUGGAGUUGAUUGAGGAUGGGCCUCCUAGGCGACUCAGGGUUGAGUUCAAAAUGUUGGAAACUGGAGAGAUAAAGACUGAAGAAUUCAAUACAGUUAUGUUUGCUAUUGGGAGAGAUGCAUGCACUCAAGGCAUCGGUCUUGAACAGUUGGGAGUAAAAAUGAACCCAAAGAAUGGGCAGCUGUUGACAACAUAUGAACAGACUAAUGUUACUCACAUAUACGGCAUUGGAGACAUUCUUGAAGGGAAGCCGGAGCUAACACCUGUUGCAAUACAAGCUGGGAAGUUGUUGGCAGCGAGGUUGUAUGGAGGGCAAACAACAAUGUGCGAUUACGUCAACGUUCCCACGACCGUCUUCACUCCACUCGAGUACGGUUGUAUCGGACUGUCAGAAGAAGAUGCGAUCUCUCUAAAAGGAGAGACCAACAUCGAAGUCUACCACACCUCCUUCCAGCCACUCGAGUGGACACUCCCCCACCAUGACGAGAACACAUGCUACAUGAAGAUAAUAUGUGACAAGUCAGACAACGAACGUGUCAUCGGUUUGCAUGUCCUUGGACCUAAUGCCGGUGAGAUAACCCAAGGCUACGGAGUCGCAUUCAAAUGUGGGGCAACGAAGGCACAUUUUGAUCAGACGAUUGGCAUCCAUCCAACAUGCUCUGAGAGUAUGACAACACUGACGAUCACAAAGAGUUCCGGGGAUGAUCCGGCCACGAAAGGUUGCUGAGGUUAAUUCCCUGCUGGAGAUCGCGUGACUUGAUGUCACGUGACUUCAGUGGGGCAUGACUUGCGACUGGUUGUAGUGUAUGUGUGUGAGAGAGGAUGUCAUGUAAUGACGGUGUGGCUGUCAAUUGCCUAACGGCGAUCAACCAGACCUGAUGCCGGCAGUCUCAAUCACACAAAUAAAUAUUUCAAUUUCGUACAAACUAACGUCUCUGUCGUUGUAUAAAGUCAAUGUCAACAUAUAAUGAUA